AUGGGGGCAGCGGUGAGAGUGGAGUCCAGGGUCCUGGUCGGGGUGGCCUGUCUGCUCCUGGCAUUCCCUGCCACAGCUACCAGACCCAAAGUUGCCCAGCCUGAAGUAGAAACCACCUUGGGCCGAGUUCGAGGCCGGCAAGUGGAUGUAAAGGGCACAGACCACCUGGUGAACGUCUUCCUGGGCAUCCCCUUCGCCCAGCCACCACUGGGGCCUCACCGGUUCUCAGCCCCACGCCCAGCACAGCCCUGGGAGGGUGUACGGGAUGCUAGCAUCGCACCCCCCAUGUGCCUGCAGGAUGUGGAGAGAAUGGACAACAACAGAUUUAUGCUCAAUGGAAAGCACCAGAUCUUCUCUAUUUCGGAGGACUGCUUGGUCCUCAACAUCUACAGCCCAGCUGAGGCCACCACAGGGGGCAGGAGGCCGGUCAUGUUAUGGAUCCAUGGGGGCUCUCUGUCAGUCGGUGCGGCCACCUCCUAUGAUGGAUCAGCCCUGGCCGCCUACGGGGAUGUGGUCGUGGUUACAGUUCAGUAUCGCCUUGGGGUCUUUGGCUUCUUCAGCACUGAGGAUGAACAUUCACCUGGCAACCAGGGCUUCCUAGAUGUUGUGGCUGCUCUGCACUGGGUGCAGGAGAACAUCACCCCCUUUGGGGGUGACCCCAACUGUGUCACCAUUGCUGGCACAUCUGCCGGUGGCUGCAUCGUUUCUGCCCUGGUCCUGUCCCCGGUGGCUGCAGGGCUGUUCCACAGAGCCAUUGCACAGAGUGGGGUCAUCACUACCCCACUGUUCAUGAUGGACAACACAUGGCUCCUAGCUCAGAACAUCGCGAACUCUGUAGCCUGUAACUCCAGCUCCCCGGCUGAGAUGUUGCAGUGCCUUCGGCAGAAGGAAGGAAAAGAGCUGAUUCUGACCAAGAAGCUGAACAUCACUUCCCUUUCUUUCACCAUCGAUGGCACUUUCUUUCCCAAAAGUCCCAAGGAACUCCUGAGGGAGAAGCAAAUCCACUCCGUGCCCUUCCUCCUGGGUGUCAACAAUCAUGAGUUCAGCUGGCUCAUCCUCAGGGGCUGGGGUAUCCUGGAUAAGAUGGAUCAGAUGAGCUGGGAGGACAUGCUGGCCUUCAGUACACCCUUCCUGAGCCGUAUGGAUGUAAUCCCUGAGAUGCUGCCCAGCAUCACAGAUGAAUACCUAGAGAGUGACUCAGAUGUGCAAGCCAGACGCCAUGCCUUCGUGGAACUGAUGAGUGACAUAUUGAUCAACUUUCCCACCUUAAUUUUCUCAAGAAGCCUCCGAGAUUCUGGGAGCCCUGUCUUUUUCUAUGAGUUCCAGCAUCGACCCAGUUCUUUUGCGAAGAUCAAACCAGCAUGGGUGAAGACAGACCACGGGGCUGAGGUUGCUUUCAUGUUUGGGGGUCCCUUCCUCAUGGAUGAGAUAUCCCUCCUGGCUUUUCCAGAGGCCACAGAGGAAGAGAAGCAGUUGAGCCUCACCAUGAUGGCCCAGUGGAUCCACUUUGCCCGGACAGGGAACCCCAAUGGCAAGGGUCUGCCUCCUUGGCCCCAGUUCGAUCAGUUGGAACAAUACCUGGAGAUCAACAUCAUGCCACGUGUCGGACAGAAGCUAAGGAAGGCCUGGAUGCAGUUCUGGGCAGAGACGCUCCCCAGAAAGAUCCAAGAGUGGCAUCAGAAGCAGAAGGGCAGGGAGGCUCCAGAAGAGCUCUGAGGCAGGGUCCGGACCGUCUUGGCUGAGGCCAACCCAAAGGGUGGCAGAGUCCCA